UUAUAAAUUUGGUCACUGAGACAGCAUAACAUGUUGGAUUAGCUGAUUUUAAGGGCCUGGUUGGGCAAAAGUAGUUUACACAUUACCAGCAGCUAUGUUCUUCUUUUGCAACACAUAUCAGUGAUGUACCAUGUCAAUCAAUCAAUCAAUCAAAUUUUAUUUGUUUUGCCCAUAUUCACAAAUCACAAUCUUUCUUCACUAUAUGGAUCCAUAUAGACUCUUAAAGCUGUGUGCUGAUGUUUCCUGUUCACUGUCUCCCCCUGUUGCUAGGAGAUGAGAACAAAGUUUCUCUGCUGGGACUUGGGGCAUUGGAGCCUCUCUGUCGGCUCAUCACUCACAACAACAAGCUGGUCAGACGCAACGCUGUCAUGGCCCUGGGCACCAUGGCCACCAAUGGUGAUGUUAAGGAUGCUCUUAAAAAAACAGACCUAAUUCCAUCGAUUAUCGACAAACUAUCACUUGAAGAGGAUAGAGUUGUCCAUGAGUUUGCAACACUGUUCCUGGCCUCUAUGUCGCCGGAUUUUAUAUGUAAGGUCCAGAUCUUUGACAACAAUGGUUUACCACCUCUAAUUCAGCUUCUGUCCAGUCCAGACCCAGAUGUUCAGAAGAACUCGCUAGAGGUCAUCUUUAACCUAGUUCAGGACUACCAGUGUCGCGUGGCGGUUCAUGAGUUGGGUGGGAUCCCUCCACUUCUGGAGCUGUUGAAGUCAGACUUCCCUGUCAUUCAGCAUCAGGCUUUAGAGACACUGGAGCUUGUCACCACUGAUAAAGAUACACGCCACACCUUCAGGGAAGAGCAGGGAUUCGAGAAGAUCAUGGGAAUCCUUACUAACACGGAUUUCAGUGACCUUCAUGCUGAGGCCUUGCAUGUAGUAGCUAACUAUCUGAGUGACAGUGAGACUUUGCAGCUGAUCCACGAGGGUGGAGGCCUGACCAGGCUGAUGGACUUUUUUCUCACACCCAACUUGCCUGAAAUCCAGUUCAAUGCUGUUAAAUGCAUAGCCAGGGUCGCACAGAGCUCUGAACAUCGAAAACUGCUCCACGAGCAGAAUGUGGAGAAGGUUCUAGUCGAUUAUCUGUCUGUGGUGGACAUCAGUGUGAAAACAUCCACCUGCAAGGCUGUGGCUGCCAUGAGCUUCCACCUAUCCAGUAAAGACCGCUUCAGAGAGCUGGGUGGGAUCCCUGCAGUGGUAGAGGGGCUGAGAGGUGAGAGUAUAGAGCUGAGAGAGGCAGCAGCCCAUGCCCUUGCUAACCUCACGCAUAACAACCACCUCAGCGCAAUUGCGGUGUACGACGCAGGAGGCCAUGAGAUCCUUGUUCAGCAGCUUCACGGAAGCUGUCCGAGGACAGUAGCCAAUGCUGCUGCCACGCUUUGCAACAUGGCACAAAAGGAAUUAAUCCGCCGCAGCAUCUUGUCACAUGGAGUAAUAAAGGCUCUGGUGGAGCCCUUAAAGUCUACAGAUACACAGGUGUUGGUGAACACCACACUGUGUCUGGCAGCGCUGGCCUGUGACGCAGAAGAUAGGGAAGAGCUACUGAGUGCAGGAGGCCUUCAACCACUGGUCAAUCUGCUGCGAUCUUAUCACAAGGAGGUUUUACAAAGUGUGUGCUUGGCGGUAAUUGUUUGUGCCAGUGAUGAGCCCACCGCUUUGGAGAUGUGCAAAUUUGGAGCUGUAGAACUGCUUCAGGAAAUCAACCAGUCAGUGAAUCGCAGGAGCAGUUUCAGCGAGUCAGCCAUGAUCAGCCUGCUCAAGUCCAACUUGCCUGUUAAAUACAGCCUGACAGAUCAUUUAGCCUCCACUGAUAUAGUUAGAGAUGGCUUCUACGAUGCCGGCAAGGCUCGUGCUGGACAGAGGAUUCUGACAUUAGAGGAAUUUUCUAAGCAGCCAGUCAACCAGCAACGACCCAUCAUCGUUUUCAACACAACAACAGAGAAGAAGAAAGACAGUGACCAACAGAAAGAUGAGACUCAACCUGUGUCUCCUGCAGAGGAACCGUGGAAGAUGAUGGAUGACGUCUCUUUGCAGGUUCUUGUUAAAGAAACCAAAGAAUCCAUCCUCUCGCUGGAUGAUGAACGAGAGCAGUGUGCUGCCUUGGCCAGGAUGGUGAGCGAAGUCAUGGGUGGAGCAGUGGAGAUGGAGAAGUUGCAUGCUUUCCCGUGGGUGCUGCACCUCAGCGAGCUCAAGUUCCAGCUUCAGUCUAACGUUAUUCCCAUCGGGCUGAUCACCAGGGGAAUCUACUGUCACAGGGCUCUUCUCUUCAAGUGUCUGGCUGAUUUUAUUGGGAUGAGCUGCACACUGGUUAGGGGUGAGUAUAACCGGGCUUGGAACGAGGUGCUCCUCUUCAGUGUGGAUCCCUCCAGCAAUGGUCGCUCUUCACAGCCCAGCCGCUACCUAGUGGACCUCAUGCACAGGCCUGGAAGCCUAUUGGCAGUGAAUACCCCUGCUGCUGUGCAGUACCAGUCCAUAUAGAACAGAAGUACUAAAUCAGAAUACUAUGACCAGUCAUUUCAUUUGUAUCACUGGUUCACCUUUAUACCAUUAAACUAAA